CAAUACUUGACGUUAUGUUAAAACCGGCAUGGGUAAUUUGUUUAUUUCUUCAGAUAUGUUGUUUUACAAACGUAAUUGCAUCGAUAGGAGACGAAGCACCAUUUUACAAUCAAUGUCUUAUAAAAUAUCUUAAAAAUCAUUGUCAAAAUAAUGUAACUUUUAAUAAUCCACCACCAUUAUCUCUUUCAUUAUUAUCUUGGUCUUGUAUUGAGGAUUGUAAAUACAUGUGUAUGUGGCGUACAGUUGAUUACUUUGUAAGUCAUGGUUUAAGGGUUCCACAAUUUAAUGGAAAAUGGCCAUUUAUACGAAUUUUUGGAUUCCAAGAACCAGCUUCUGUUUUGUUUUCAAUAUUAAAUUUCUAUGCACAUUGGGUGUCGUAUUGGAAAUUUAAAAAAAAAGUUAAUUCCAAAUAUCCGAUGUUUUAUGUUUGGACAUAUUUUAGUCUUAUAUGUCUUAAUGGAUGGUUUUGGUCUACGAUAUUCCAUGCUCGUGACACAGAUUUUACAGAAGUAAUGGAUUAUUCUUCUGCAUUUGCUAUUGUACUAACAUUAUUAUAUUGUAUGUUAUUAAGAAUAACGUAUAAACAUACUAAAACUUUUAUUAUACUUACUUGUUGUUAUAUGAGUAUUUUGUAUACACAUUUAACACAUUUAUGGUCUGGAGCAAUUAAUUAUGGAUACAACAUGAAAUUCAAUGUAGCAAUAGGUUUUGUAACUUUUGUGAUAACAAUGUCAUGGUGGUACAAUGUUAGACGUGAAUUAUCACAUGCUUAUCUCAUCGGUUGGUUCAAUAUUUUAGCAGUUCUUUCUACUCUGUUAGAAGUGUUGGAUUUUUCACCAAUAUUUUGGAUUUUCGAUGCACAUUCCUUAUGGCAUGCAUCUACAGCACCAUUAACUAUUCUGAUAUACAGGUUUAUAACUUUAGACUGUUUAUAUCUACAGACGUUUUACAACAAAACAAUAUUAAAUAUGCAUCAUAUUAAUUGAUUGAAAGUUGAUCGAAUUAUACGAAAUUUUCUGUUGUUUUUUUUUUCUUCAUAAAGAAAAAUCUAUUUUUAUGUA